UUUCACUGCUAAUGCUGCUUCCUCUGCAGCUUUGCUUUUCCAUCGGCCGGUGCCCUGAGGGAUCGAGCAUCCUUAAUGUGAGGUUCUCCCUGCCCACACCUGGUUGUAACACAGCUUCUGCAUAACCGUAGAAGAUGAGUAAGUCCCCCAGCCCCAAGGGCACCCCGGUGCAGCUCAGCCCCAGCGAUGGGGUCCCGGAGAGUCUCCAGUCGCCCCAGCAUUCCACACCAGGCUCAGGACCCCAGCAUAAGAAACGCAUCUCCAACCUCCUGCAGAGUCCGUCGUUCAGGGAGGAGUUGGAUGUGCUGAUCCAGGAACAGAUGAAGAAGGGUGGCAGCUCAUCCAACCUAUGGGCACUGAGACAGCUCGCUGAUUUCAUGGCCUCACAUGGCUCUCCAGCUGCUCUGCCAGUCUCCCCCUCCAACAUGAUGAUGGUGACAGCCAUCAAUGACCUGCAUGGCUGGGAGCCCGGCAGCAUGGUGAAGGGGGAGAGGCUGAUGCGCUGCAAGCUGGCCAGCACCCAUCGCCUGUUCGACCUCUACGGCUGGGCCCAGAUCAGCUACACCUGUCUCACUCUCCGUGUCAGUAAAGAACAGGAACACUUCCUGGUGCUUCCAGACGGCUUGGCGUACAGUGAGGUGACUGGAUCCAGUCUGGUAAAGGUGAAUAUCCUGGGCGAGGUGGUGGAGAAGGGCAGCACCAACCUGGGCGUGGACCCAGAGAAGUUCAGCCUGCACCAGGCCAUCUACUCAGCGCGGCCAGAUGUUCGCUGUCUUCUUCACAUCCACACACCGGCCACAGCAGCGGUUUCAUCUAUGAAGUGCGGCCUCCUGCCCCUGUCCCAUGAGGCUCUGCUGGUUGGUGACGUGGCCUACUAUGACUACAACGGAGUCAUGGAGGCGGAGCAGGACAGAGUGGAGCUCCAGAAGAGUUUGGGACCCACCUGUAAAGUUCUGGUGCUGAGGAAUCACGGCAUAGUGGCUCUUGGGGAGUCAAUGGAGGAGGCCUUCUACACCAUCUACCACAUCCAGGCUGCAUGCCAGAUCCAGGUGUCAGCGUUGUGUUGUGCAGGUGGUGAACAGAACCUGAUUAUGCUGGAUCGGACCAUUCAUAAACCCAACUCAGCCGGCACUGUGGGCUGGGCUGGCUCCACCUUUGGGCCCCUGCACAAGAGCCGGGUUGGGGAGCAUGAGUUUGAGGCCCUGAUGAGAACUCUGGAUAACCUGGGCUACCGUACCGGCUACGCGUACCGUUUCCCGGUCCUGUUGGAGCGAUCGCGGAUGCGGAGGGAUGUGGAGGUGCCUGCGACCGCCACAGCCUAUCACCAGUUUGAUGACGAUGGAGUCCACCCGGCUCUGAGGCAGAACCCUUUCACCCAGCGCCAGCAGCAGGAGAGGACCCGAUGGCUCAACACUCCCAACACCUACCAAAAAGUCAACCAAGAGCAAGCUAGUCCUGGACACCAGCGCACCACUUGGUUGAAGGCAGAAGAGGUGACACAAGCUGGCAGCACCUCCAUCAAGAUAGAGAACCCCAACCUGUUUGUGCCUCUGUUCACCAACCCUCGGGAGGUGAUAGAGACACGAAACAAGAUCCGACAGCAGAACCGUCAGGACAUGAAGACAGCAGGGCCACAGUCUCAAGUCCUCGCCAGUGUCAUAACAGAGGACGGUCCUCCGUCUCCGGUCAGCCCCAUCAAAGUCCCACCAGAGCCAGAACCUCCCAACCCCUUCAACCAGCUGACGGACCAGGUACUGGACGAGUACCGCAAGGAAGUGCAGAGGAAACAGGACGGAGGGACUGAUGGGGAGGAGGUGGCAAAUGACAAGGAGUCUUCCCCUGCUACCUCCCCCACAAAGGGCCAACCGCCCAGCCCCCCUCCUCUCUCAGAGGAGGUGAAGACCGACUCUCCAGCCAUACAGAACGGAGGGGAGGAGGAGAAGCAGACGACAGAAGAGCUGGAGAAAGGCAUGAAGGCCCUCUCGACCAACGACACCUCCACCACCCCCGCUGCUCCACCGGCCAAACCACAAGGUGGCACUCCUGAGGGUUCUCCCUGCAAGUCCCCUUCCAAGAAGAAGAAGAAGUUCAAGCCACCGUCCUUCCUGAAAAAGAGCAAGAAGCAGAAGGAGAAAGCAGAGACCUGAGGAAUUUACACACGCCAGACCUCGGUGAAAUACUACUGUGAAAUGUUUCUUAGCGUGAGGCAUAGGAGUAGCAGAUGGAGUCAACCACAUCAGAUCUGUUCCCACAGACACAGUGUACUAAACUAACCCUCACAUGCUUUUCUGUAAACUGUUACUAAUUUGAUCGAUGUGGUUAUUCAUCUUAAACAGGUUAAGAACUGAUGAUUACUUUCACAAGACUAUUUGACCAAGGUUGGAUACAAGGCAACAUUUUGACACACUAUUACUUGACACACACACACAAACACAUUUUUGUACUCCUAUCUUAGUGAGGACACUCAUCAGCAUGAUAGGUUCCCUUACCUCUUACCCUAACAUUACACAUAAAGACUAAAUGCCUAUCCCUAUUCCUAACCAAAUGUCCCAAAUGUCCUCACUCACAUAAGGUCUAUGCUUAAAAUGGUCCUCAGAAGGAUAAAAGUACAAGUACACCUCACACACAC